UAUCUUCGCGUGGAUUUUAAUCGAUUCCUCACUCUAAAAUGUAAUAUUCAACUCUUUCCAGUGCGCUCGAGAAUGAGCGCAUUAUAGAUGAAAAAAACCCUCAAAGGAGACCCUCACAGGAACUGCGCCUAUUGCAUGCAAACUUGUUCGACGCUUGACACAACACCUGUUGCUCUCGUUUUUGCGCAUUUCUCACAUAGCCCUACUUUUCCAUCUCAGUGCGUUUAAAAAUUCCGCGGUUAAUUUUACCUGCAGAAUGUCAACUAGUCAACAUUUCACGAAACGUACCGAUAUCUUUUCUUGUACUCAGUCACCAGUAAUCGUUUCUGAACAAUCGAAAGCAUUGCCUGUCAUAACAGCGGAAUCCAGUCUUUCUGGCCGCUCCUGUCGGGUUGCUAUUAAAACCUGUUCGUCCGGCUGAGAGAAACAGGUGUGAAAACACGGCAAGGCUUGAGUUUUAUUCCGCCCAGUUGUGAUCGGACAUCUCGAUUCUUUCUGUGGUUCAUUUGUAGGCAAAGCGUUUAGCCGGAUGCAAUAUUGUACAGAAGCCCGCAAUGGCUUGCAAAUGACCUGGUCUAACUCGAAGCGCAUUCAUCCGCAGGUAAAAGUCAUUUCCCUUCCGUUCUCGUCGAGAUCGUGUUCUGUAGGCAUCAGCACAACACACCGGCACUUGAGUGAGAUCCUCGUGCUGUUCCAGUAGAUUAUUGAUCUGUGGAUCUUAUAAACACCUUCUCCUGUUUCCCCCCUCCGGUUCUUUAAUGUGCUGAAACUAUUUCCGUCGCUCAAUCUGUACAUUUAUAGCUAGGUGAAUGCGAUUUGAAUUUAUGAAAUGGGGGAUGGGGGCGGCUUCCAAAGGAAGUCAAAACCAAAGUUUUGUGGUCUUCGUGCAUGUUUCAAUGAGAUUUUAAGUAACCACAAAAGUUACAAGUUAGUCAGGGAGGCUCGUAUUUUCACCUAGGCGCUCGCGAACAAAAAUCGCGUUGUCUGAGGAGGAAACCAUAGCAACAGCAGACCGCGAGCCUUUCGGACGCAACAGACUGAUGAUGUGCCAGAGUGCCAAUGCGAUGUGGUCACGGUGGAGUGCCAUGCUAGUGUGGAUGUUCCUUCUCUUCUGUUGCUCUGCAAAUGUAGUCAGCACCAUCAUCUACCAGGUGACCGAGGAGCAGCCGCCUAACACACUGAUUGGCAGCUUGGCAUCUGAUCAGGGCCUGCCAGACACCGGUCACCUUUAUAAGCUCGAGGUGGGCGCUCCUUACCUCCGUGUCGAUGGCAAAACCGGGGAUAUCUACACCACGGAGACCCCAAUCGAUCGUGAGACUCUCAAGGACUGUCGCAACCUUUUCGAGGGUGAUCCUUGUUUCCUAGAAUUUGAGGUAUCUAUUACAGACCUGAUGAAAGGCACAGGACCGCGGCUCAUCGAAGGCCGCAUCGAGAUCUUGGAUGAGAACGACAACACUCCACAGUUCUCUUCACCCGUCUUGACAUUGUCGAUCCCAGAGAACACACACGUGGGUGCGCUUUUCGCAAUACCUGUGGCCACCGACAAGGAUUCAGGAAGCAAUGGCAUCGCCGAUUACGCGCUAACGACCGGCCCUGAAGCUGCCAACCUUUUCAGCCUGCAGGUGGCGCAAGACUCAGAUGAGAAAUUGCCACAACUCAUUGUAUUGGGUAACCUGGAUAGAGAGCAGCGAGAUUCAUAUGACCUCAACAUAAAAGUGGUUGAUGGUGGCUCUCUACCCCGCCAGAGUAGUGCCCUACUCAGGAUCACCAUUACAGAUGCCAAUGACAACGUGCCCAAAUUUGAGAAGUCACACUACGAGGGUGAGCUCCCAGAAAACAGCCCAGUGGGUCAUUCUGUUCUACAAGUGAAGGCCAAUGACUCUGACAUGGGACCCAAUGGAGAGGUGACCUACAGCCUCCACCAGGCAUCACCAAUUGUCCAGAGGCUCCUUAGCAUUGACCGCAACACAGGCAUCAUUUUCGUCAAAGGCUUGGUAGAUCGUGAAGAUAUCAGCAUGCUCAAGUUCUACGUCCAAGCUAAAGACAAUGGUCCACAAUCGAAGAGCUCCAAAGCCCUUGUGACUAUUACAGUGAAGGACCAGAAUGACAAUGCACCCUUAAUCAGAAUCCGGGGCAUUGGCCUUGUGACGCAUGAAGAUGGUGUUGCUAACAUAUCGGAGGACAUGCCUGUAGGCACAGCUGUGGCUCUGGUGGAAGUAUCAGAUCGUGAUGAAGGUGAAAAUGCAGUUGUGACCUGUGUGGUCGCAGGGGAUGUCCCAUUCCAGCUGCGUUCAGCUAGUGAAACAGGCAACGACCGCAAGAGGAAAUACUUCCUCCAGACAACCAUGCUGCUGGACUACGAGCGGAUCAAAGACUACAGGAUUGAAAUUGUAGCAGUGGACUCUGGCAACCCUGCACUAUCCAGCACAAAUUCCCUGAAGGUGCAAGUGACAGACAUGAAUGACAACUCCCCGGUCUUCUCGCCCACUUUGUACGAGGUAGAAUUUGCUGAGGAGAACCAGCCAGGUGACAAGGUUCUGGAUGUGGUAGCUACGGAUGCCGACAGUGGGACUAAUGCAGAGCUGACAUACAGUAUAACUAGUGGAUCAGUCCCCGAGGGGCUAUUUGAAAUUAACCCUAACACAGGAGAAGUGCGUGUCAUGAGCCAGUUGGACCGUGAACAAUUAGAUCACUAUCAAUUUCUAGUUGCAGCAGCUGAUAAAGGUGUACCAAGCUUGAGAGGAACUGCCACUGUUGUUGUUAAGGUGCUCGACAGGAACGACAAUGACCCUAAAUUUAUGCUCAGUGGUUACAGCUUUUCAGUCCAAGAAAACAUGCCACCCCUUAGUCCUGUUGGAAUGGUAACAGUCAAUGACCGCGAUGAGGGUGACAAUGCUCAUGUUCAACUCUCUGUAGAACCAGACAAUGGCAAGUUUAUGAUUCAAAAUGGAACGUACACCAUACUUUCAACUAUUUCCUUCGACAGAGAAAAGGAGAGCACCUACAGUUUCCGACUUAAAGCUGUUGACGGAGGUGAUCCACCACGAUCCUCCUAUGUUGGCAUUACCAUUAAUGUUCUUGAUGAGAAUGACAAUGCUCCAUAUGUCACCAAGCCCUCAAACUCUUCAUACAAGUUUUUGGAUCCACGCACCAGCCCAGAAACCCACGUAGAACGUGUUGAGGCAGAGGACAUGGACAUUGGUUUAAAUUCGGAGAUGGAGUUCAGUAUUGUAGGGGGCAACCCGCAUGGCUUGUUCCGCAUCUCUUCAGAAGGUGAGAUUACGUUGGCUAAAGAGUUCACAUCCAAACACAUUGGUCUCCACCGUCUGGUCGUAAAAGUUAAUGACAAAGGCACGCCACCACGCCAUACAACCGCACUGGUGCACAUUUAUGUCAAUGAGACCAUCGGCAAUGUCUCUCACGUUGAAGGACUUGUUGGACACAGUCUUUAUACACCACUUGAAAUGGACAUUGCAGGUGAUCCCGAUUAUUCUCGAGAUGGGCCAAGUAACAUUAUUUUCGCAGUCUUGGGUGGCUUUUGUGUGGUUGUUCUAAUCAUUGCAGUGGCUAUGAUCAUCAGGCAUGUCGUGCUGAAGGAGAAUAAAAGUGGCUACCAGGCAGGCAAGAAGGAGACCAAAGACCUCUAUGCCCCCAAACCAGGACCUAAGAGCAACAAGAACAAGAAGGCAAAGAAAAGCAAAGCUCCAAAGCCUGCCAACCCAUCUGAGGAGGAUGAGGGGGGGAGUCUCCAGAAAGGCCUAAAGUUCAACCUCAUGAAUGAUAGCGUCAACGAUAGCCCUAGGAUUCACCUGCCGCUCAACUACCCCCCUGGGAGCCCAGACCUGGGGCGACACUAUCGGUCUAAUUCUCCUCUGCCAUCCAUUCAGCUCCAACCUCAGUCACCUUCUGCCUCAAAGAAACACCAGGCAGUGCAGGACCUGCCGGCCACCAACACCUUUGUAGGAACCGGGGACAACAACUCAACAGGCUCAGACCAGUAUUCGGAUUACAGCUACAAGGCCAACUCUUCAAAAUAUAGCACCAAACAGCUCCCACAUCGCCGAGUGACCUUCUCCACAGCCAAUCAGGCACAAGAUCUGCAGGAUCCCUCUCAGCACAGUUACUAUGACAGCGGUCUGGAAGAGUCAGAGACACCCAGCAGUAAGAGUUCUUCAGGGCCCCGUAUCGGGCCCCUUGCCCUACCUGAAGACCACUACGAACGCACUACCCCGGAUGGCAGCAUCGGAGAGAUGGAACACCCCGAGAACGAUCUGAGGCCUCUACCUGAUGUGGCCAUGACGGGAAAAUGCACACGCGAGUGUACAGAAUACGGCCACUCAGAUUCCUGCUGGAUGCCUGGACAACCCUCACCCAACCGCACCAAGAGUGCCAAGAGCGGGCCCAAGCUCUCCACCUUCGUGCCUUACCAGGAGAGGGAGGGUCAGGAGCGCCUGAUGGCUGACAGCAGCUCUAAGCCUCACGGAGAGGAGCGGAGCGGAGGCGGGAGCAACAAAGUGGCCAGCAUUCGCUUUUUGCCUCCCUACACUAGUGCCUAUUCUGCAGGCGGCGACUCCGGUAAGGACUGCCCCAGGGAGGAGAUCCCCCUGAGUCAGACAGCCGAUUACGCCCCUGCCACUACACCCUCCAGCCAAGGCUCCAAAAGAGAAAUCUACCUGUGAUUCACCCGUCGCCCGCCUAGGUUUGAUUCUACAUUUGAUCCAAUUUACUUGUGAUCAGCAAUGCCUGUGAGAGGAUAAAAGGCCUCGUUGUCAAAACACCUGCUAAUUCUACCCCACCACCAGACCCCGAUUUACACAGACGUCUCGACGUGCAUCUCCAAUCCCCUCAGCCAUAAGCCUAAUGGCUGACACAAAACAGCUAGAGACCUUCUUUAAAACCCUCUGGGUUUUAUACAGCCCUGCGCAUUGUUAGAGUCUCUGGAAGCCGAACAGAUAUGAAGAGAAUAAUCAUAAAAAAAAGAGAAAACCAUUUUGUGAAUAUGAAAUGAAGUACACAAUCCCCAUGUAAACUUCUAAUGAAAGAAUGUAAGGACAAUUUUUAAGUG